CUACAGGAAAAAACUAAAGUGGUUGAACCGCUGGACUACGAGAACGUGAUCCUUCAGCGUAAAGUUCAGAUCUACAGUGACCCUCUCCGGGACCUGCUGAUAUUUCCAAUAGAAGAUGUGUCUAUCUCGGUCAUUGGUCGACAGAGAAGAACUGUCCAGUCUACAGUGCCAGAAGAUGCCCUAAAAAAAGCUCAGAGUCUCUUUGUGAAAGAGUGCAUCAAAACCUACAGCUCAGACUGGCACGUGGUGAACUACAAGUAUGAGGAAUACUCGGGAGACUUCCGAACGUUGCCAUGCAAAUCCUUUAGGCCAGACAAGAUUCCAAGCCAUGUAUUUGAGAUUGAUGAAGACUUUGAAAAGGACGAGGAUUCCUCGUCCCUGUGCUCCCAGAAGGGUGGUGUGAUAAAGCAAGGCUGGCUGCAUAAAGCAAAUGUAAAUAGCACAAUCACUGUUACCAUGAAGGUAUUCAAGAGGAGAUAUUUUUACUUGUCGCAACUCACCGAUGGCUCCUAUAUUCUUAAUUCCUACAAAGAUGAGAAAAUAUCAAAGGAAUCCAAAGGCUGUAUUUUCCUGGAUGCUUGCAAUGACGUUGUUCAGUGUCCAAAAAUGCGCCGUUACGCGUUUGAACUCAAGACGAUUGAUAAGUACAGCCACUAUCUGGCAGCUGAAACGGAGCAGGAGAUGGAAGAGUGGCUGGUGACUCUCAGAAAGAUCAUUCAGAGCAAUGCUGAGAGUUUGGUGCAGGAGAAGAAAGAUCCUGUGGAAUCGGUGCAAGAUGAUGAAUCGAGUACCCAGGGAAAAUCAGAGAACAUCCUGGAGAGCCUGGAGAGGAGCAUGCAUCCGGAGCUGAUGAAGUAUGGAAGAGAAACAGAUCAGCUGAAUAAACUGAGCAGAAAUGAUGGAAGACAAAACCUCUUUUCUUUUGACCCAGAAGUCCAGAGGCUGGACUUCUCCGGAAUGGAGCCGGACGUGAAGCCGUUUGAGGAGAAGUGCAGCAGGCGUUUCGUGGUGCUCUGCCAGGGCUUGGCCCUCAACCUCCUCGCCCAGCUCAACGACGGGUCGGAAGGAGGACCCACCAACGUGGAGCCCUUUUUCCUAAGCUUGGCAUUAUUUGACCUGAAAAAUAAUUGCAAGAUUUCAGCUGACUUCCACGUGGACUUGAACCCUCCGUGUGUCCGUGAGAUGUUGCUGGAUAACUCCGCACCCGGGGCAGAGGGCUCCAAGGGGCGACCGCCGGGCGAGAGUCUCGUGCAUGGAGUCCCCGAGUCCUGUCUGCGCUACAUAAAGCGGGGUGUUUUCUCUGUGACUGACCCUCACGUGGAAAUCUUCCUGGUGGCCCGCGUGGAGAAGGUGCUGCAGGGCAGCAUCACGCACUGCGCAGAGCCGUACAUGAAGAACUCGGACCCAGGAAAGGCUGCCCAGAAGGUCCAUAAGGUGGCCAGGCAGGUGUGCAGCCGCCUGGGGCAGUACAGGAUGCCCUUCGGCUGGGCUGCCAGACCGGUUUUUAAAGACUCACAGGGAACUCUGGAUUCUGAAGGAAAAUUCUCCCCUCUGUACAAGCAAGACAGCAGCAAGCUUUCAAAUGAAGAUAUGCUGAAGCUUUUAGCAGAGUAUAAGAAACCAGAGAAGACAAAACUGCAAGUCAUUCCAGCCCAGUUAAAUAUUGUCAUCAAAGACAUCCCACUGGACUUCACAAACUGCGUCACGGCUUCUUACAUCCCUAUAAAGCCAUUUGAAAAGAGCUGUGAGAACAUUGCAGUUGAAGUGGAGGAGCUCGUCCCAGAAGUUGCCAAAUACUGUUACCCCUUCACUGUCUACAAAAACCACCUCUAUGUCUACCCCUUGCAUUUGAAGUAUGAGAACCAGAAGGUUUUUGCAAAGGCAAGGAAUAUUGCUGUGUGCAUUGAGUUCAGGGAUUCGGACGAAGCUGAUGCCAGGCCAUUGAAGUGUAUAUAUGGCAAACCUGGAGGCCCUCUCUUGACUACAAAUGCAUAUGCUGCCGUGCUGCAUCACAACCAAAGUCCAGAGUUUUAUGAUGAGAUUAAAAUUGAGCUUCCAAUUCACCUCCAUCAAAAGCAUCAUUUGCUUUUCACCUUCUAUCAUGUCAGCUGUGAAAUUAAUACAAAGACAACAUCGAAAAAACAAGACACCGUCGAAACUCAAGUGGGAUUCGCCUGGGUCCCAUUGCUGAAGGAUGGACGGAUUAUCACCUUGGAGCAGCAUUUGCCUGUUUCAUCCAACCUUCCACCUGGCUACUUGGGCCUCGGAGACACAGAGUCACGAAGGCAGUCCAGUGUGGAUGCAAGGUGGGUGGAUGGAGCAAAGCCACUGUUUAAAAUCAAAAUCCUUCUGAACUCCACCAUUUACACCCAG